AUGGAGCCUGGGAAACUCUUGGAUCCCCCGUCAGACACAAUCAGCACUCCGGAAAACCACAAAAAACCCCAUGAAUGCUCAGAGUGUGGGAAAUCCUUUUCUCGCAGAUCAGUGCUUUUUACUCACAAGAAGAUCCAUGUGGGAAGUGGAUCCAGUCAAGGUUUGGAGGGUGAGAAAUCCUCUGGAACAGACACCAAAAGUCUCAGAAACCCCCCCAGAGUAAAACCCUAUAGAUGUAUAAAAUGUGACUUAUGCUUUGGUCGAAAGUCAAGUCUUCUUACACAUCAGAAAAUCCACACAGGAGAGAAACCCUAUCAGUGUCUUGAAUGUGGGAAAUUUUUUUGUCAGAAAUCCACCCUCAGAAACCACGAGAGAAUUCACACAGGGGAGAAUCUUUGGUCCCAUGAGAAGGUUCAUGCAGGAAUAAAAUCGUACAAAUGCUUUGAGUGUGGGAAAUGUUUCACCCGGAGUUCACUUCUUUGGAGUCAUGAGAAAACACACAGAGGGGAGAAAAAGGAAAAGUGCCUGGAAUGCGGUAAAUGUUUUUCCCAGAAAUCACACCUGUUGCGACAUCAGAGACUUCACACCGGAGACAGACCUUAUGAAUGCCCAGACU